CUCCACUACAUAAAUAUUCCACGCGCACUUUCUCUUCCCCUCAUCACCUCGCCAAAAAGCUUCCCCCCACCAUGAACACGAUCUCCACUCUUCUCCUAGCUUUCCUUAUCUCCACCACGGCCUUCCUCUCCGCGGAGACCCGACCCGAGAUACUCGCCUCCGGCAAGGAAAAGGCUCGCCACAGCGCCCCAAACAGCCAGAAGGGCGGCGGCGAAGGGCGGGGAGGGUUCUUCGGCCCCGGCGGCGGGUUCAACAUACCCGGAAUGGGAAAUGGGUGGAACAUGGGCGGCGGCUACGGAGCCGGGUUCGGGGGCCCGAACGGAGGGUACGCGAAAGGUGGCGUUGUGAGGCCCAGCGUUGUUUGCAAGGAAAAGGGUCCGUGCUACAAAAAGAAGCUGAUCUGCCCAGCCAAGUGCUUCAGUUCCUACAGCCACGCCGGAAAGAACUACGGCGGGGGAGGUGGCGGCGGCGGAUGCACCAUGGACUGCAAGAAGAAGUGCGUUGCUUACUGUUGAGAUAUAUAUAUAUAUAUAUCUGCAGUAGGUUGGUAUCUUAUUUAGCAGUUGCUACCACUAGGUUGGUAUCUUAUUUAGCAGUUGCUACCCAUAUAUAUAUAUGGAUAUAUAAAAGCAAGUAUGUAAUGCUUUGUGGAAGACUUGGUUGGUUGGACCUAUAUGGGUUUGAUGGCUUUAAUGAGUCUAUAUAUAUAUAUAUGAAUGUUUCUGUUAUCUUUUUGGUUU